CUGGCUGGCUUUUCCACUAUUUGCCCUUCCAUACCAUUCCGGAGUUCCAUUCCUCCCUUACAAUUGACGCCCCCUCCCAGAGAUUCCCAUCUACCACACUGCUAAACUUGCCAACCCCUAACAAGCAAAUUGAAAUCAGAUACAGCAGCAGCACCCUCGGGCGUUGGCGACGAAUCUAAUCUAUAGGAAUAGGUCAGCGAUGGGGUCGAAUGCCGACGGCGAGAAGACCGUGGCGGAGGAGGUCGCCAAGGUGGCGGAGGCCGCCAAGGAGUUGCAGGACGCCGCCGCCGCCUUGAUUUCGCGGACCUCGCGCGAGGAGGAGGCCCUCCGCCAGCGAGCCCUCUCGCUCGAUUCCACAAUUAGCGGGCUCCGCUCGUCGCUCUCCUCCUUAGUCGAGCGCAGCAAUUUGGACCCCAAGGCCGCCGAAAAACUGGAAGAGGAAUUGUACAGGGCUAGCUACACAUUGAGUGAAGGAGAUGCGGCCGCCUUUCUUCCGCGAAAAUCUCAUGGGCGGUUCUUGAGUACAUUUCUUGGUCCGAUUAAUGUCCGUGCAACCAGGAAAGACGUUAAAUUGAAAGUGAAGGAGGAGUACAAUAGCUUCAGAGACAGAACAGCAUUUCUGUUUCUUUUUUUCCCAACUCUGCUACUCGUGUUAAGGGCAUGGGUAUGGAAUGGAUGCUUACCUGCAUUGCCUGUUCAGCUGUACCAGGCCUGGUUGUUAAUUCUUUAUACAGGUUUGGCCUUGCGAGAGAACAUACUGAGAGUGAAUGGAAGUGAUAUUCGUCCAUGGUGGAUAUAUCAUCACUACUUUGCCAUGGCUAUGGCACUUAUCAGUCUCACUUGGGAGAUAGAAAGGCAACCUGAUUGUGCCCAGAAGCAGAAAGGGGUACAACUAUUCCUGCAAUGGGCUAUCAUGCAAGGAGUUGCAAUGCUUCUACAGAAUAGAUAUCAAAGGCAAAGGCUUUAUACGCGAAUUGCACUGGGCAAGGCAAGAAGAAUGGAUGUUGUUUGGGGAGAAACUGCUGGUGUUGAAGGACAAAUUUGGCUGUUGGCACCCAUCCUAUUCAUUCUACAGGGUUUUGAAGCGUAUGUAGGAAUGCUGCUUCUUAAAACUGCAGUUGUUGGUAUUGUUGCCGAGUGGCAGGUAAUUACUUGUGGAAUCCUCCUGAUUAUCAUGGCAGUUGGGAAUUUUUUGAACACAGUGCAGACACUUGUGGUAAAAUCUCGGUUUAAAGCAAAAAUGAAGAAAAGUAAAAGCAGGGCUGAAUUAAAUCAGGGAUCGCAUUCCUAAGAAUUUGUGAUAGAGAGAACUGUUGUGCUUGCUAACAAUGUAGGAAUGGGCAGGAGGAUAUGACAGUUGCUUUAUCAACUCGUCCUAACUCGCAACAGCUUUUUCAUCUUCCUUCUGAGUAUCAAUGCUAUUUGCAAAGGUGACCUUUGACUGCUUUUAAAUGAGCCUCCCGUUGGAUAUUGCCGAUGUGCUAGAAGUCGGUCAUAUAUUUUAUUCAUAUGCCUUAUGCUUUGAUGUGAAUUAAGUUAGAUGUGUAAUUUGUCUUCAAUGGCUCUUUUUUCUAAAGUACUGUACUCUCCAUCUUUGCCUUAUUUGAAUCUGCUUUGGUUACAUUUUUGUUUGUUUGUUUUUCUUGGUUCUGGAGCAGGAAGAACUAUUUUUCUAAGUGCUGUCUGUAUUCUCCUUUGCCUCUUCUGGAUCCCUUCUGUUUUACUUUUUUGUUCUGGGGCAGGAAAAUGUGCAAUAGCACAUUACAGUUUGUAAUGGAACCUUGUGCUAUAUCCCUUUGCCCGAGUUUUACCA